AUUCUCUCUCCACUCAUUCUCUCUCUCUCUCUCUAAAUCUCUCUUCUUCAAAAUGCAGGCAAAAAUUCUAAACAAAACCGACAGGUGUCAGAGAGGCUGGUGAAUUUCUGGUUAUUCUACCUCCUUCUUCGACAAUUUCUCAGAAAUCAGUAAGAAUAGAAGAAAAAUCAGAUCGAUUUCUCAUUUGAAGAAACUUCCUCUCGCUCAGACUUGUCUCUAUCGAAGAUGGUUAUGCACUUGUUUCUUUUACAUGUGGGUUUUUCACUCUCAUGAGUUUCAGUUAGUUAGACUCUGGUUUUCUUCAUACGCUUUGGUGUAGGGUUGUUAGUGGAAAUGGAGGGUAGAGAAGGGUAUUCUUUGAGUGCAGCAAUGGAGAUGAAAGUGGAAGAAGAAGAAGAUGAAGAUGAGUUUCGGAGCUGCUGUGAAGAUGAGAGUGAAUUGAAGGAAAGGGAAUUGAAGGAUAAUCUUGAUGGGUUUUCUGUAAAGAUGUUUUUCAAGGGAGUUUCUAUAACAAAAGGCAAAGAUUUUGGUUCAGGGUUAAGUGGGAUUGGAGUGGUUAUGGAAAAGGAACCUAAUGUUCCUUAUAUUCAAGUGCAGAAAAAGCUUGAGUUUUAUGUGGAUAAUCAUGUUGCAGAGUAUUUAGCUCUAAUUGAUGGUCUUUUAGAGGCUUUGAAGAAGAAUAUUAAGAGGGUGUUUGCUUUCACCGACUCAGAGACCUUGUAUAAUCAGCUUAUGCUUGAUGGAGGAAUCGAGAAUCCACUUCUCUUGGCAAUGAGAGUUCGGGUAUUUGAGCAUGCAAGAAAUCUAGAAUCAUUUGUGGUUAAGUUAGUAGACAAGAUUGAGAUAGAAAGACCAUUACAUUUGGCUCAAGUGGCAAUUGGUAUCAUCUGUUCUUCUUCUUCUAAGGAUGAGAAAUCCGUUCAAACCUGCUCAAUUUGCUGCGAAGAGAUUCCUUCCCAGAUGAUGUUCACUAUAACAUGUUCUCACAAGUUCUGUACCCAUUGUAUGAAAACCUAUGUUGACGAUAAUAUACAAUCUGGUCAAUUACCCAUCAGAUGUCCUCAGUUGAGAUGCAAACAUUAUAUUUCAUCAAUGGAAUGUGGGUCGUUUCUUACUGUUGAUUCUUUUGAAAGUUUGAAGAAGGCUUUUGCUGAUGCAAAUAUUCAGGAUGAUGAUAAUUUUUACUGCCCUUAUGAAGAUUGUUCAGCUCUGUUCGGUUUCCAUGAAUAUUUAUUAAAAGAUACGAGAUUCUCCAGUCAGGCUGAUAACAACUAUUUGGAGUGCCCCGAUUGUUGCAGAGCUAUAUGUAUUGAAUGUAGAUUGCCAUGGCACUCUUCAAUGACAUGUGAGGAACUUCAGAAUCUCACUACCGUGACCAGCGACAAUGAUAACAGUAUUUCGCGAGAUAGAAGGUGGAGACGCUGCCAAGAAUGCUUGCAGGUGAUUGAACAUAACCAUGGUUCCUACCACAUUACUUGCAGGUGUGGACACGAGUUCUGUUAUUCAUGUGGGGAUGAAUAUAGGAACGGCCUACAAACUUGCGAGUGUGCAGUAUGGGAUGAAGAAGAAACAUCGGAUGCAGUAACAGAUGAUGGGAUAACAGAUGAUGCUGUUCGGGAGGAAUAUGAAAGAUGGGCAUGGGAUUCGUUUGAUUUUCUUCCAACAAUCAUGGAUGAUGCGUAUACGGAGCAGGAGAGAUCCCAGCUUAGGCUGAUUCAGAGGUUUUUGGCAGGCGGGUUCACUUUGGGCGAUCAUCAGCCUUCUUAUGAAUCGUCACCCCCAGCUUGUACAGAAGAAUCUUCUUAUGUUGAUCCCUUGAAGGACCUUCAUCAACUUCCCUGGCUUGAAAGGUUUGUUUCUGUUAUAACUGAUGACUACAGUGAAGAAUACAUGCAGUAGUGAGGAAUGUUUAAGUGUGUGUUUGUGUGUGCUUGAGAGAUUAGACCAAUUAAUUAUGGCAUCUUAUAUUACUUGUAAUUGCUUACAUUGGAAGAAAAAAAGAAAAUUUAUUAACAACAUUAUAUAUGUUGGUUUCAAGACUACAAUUUGUACAUUAUUUUCUAAUUAGUUGUUU